AGGGCGCGUAGAAGUGCAGCAGUAUGUCUGGUAGAGGCAAAGGCGGGAAGGGGCUCGGCAAGGGAGGCGCUAAGCGCCACCGCAAGGUGCUGCGCGACAACAUCCAGGGCAUCACUAAGCCGGCCAUCCGCCGCUUGGCUCGCCGCGGUGGUGUGAAGCGUAUCUCGGGGCUGAUCUACGAGGAGACUCGCGGUGUGCUCAAGGUCUUCCUGGAGAACGUGAUCCGCGAUGCUGUCACUUACACUGAGCAUGCCAAGAGGAAGACGGUGACAGCUAUGGAUGUGGUGUAUGCCCUUAAGCGCCAGGGACGUACUCUGUACGGCUUCGGCGGUUAAAGCUGUGUCCCCAGACGAUCGU